CUCUACAGAGAUAUGCAUGCAUACAGACAGAUUCUUUUCUUUUCUUCCUUGAUAUCUGGUCUGUACACUCUUUUCAUGAAGCUUUUCCUUCCCUGCUUAACUCCUGCUGUGUCUGAUUUCCACUUCAGCAUCAGAGAAGUGUGGGCACUAAGUUGUUAAAUGUAUCCCUCUUUGACCCCUGUUCUGUAUAAUUUUACAGCUUUGUUUGGUUCCUAUAUUUGCUCUGUGCCUCUGUAAUCUUAACUGUGAGAACUGUGAGCAUAUGAUGAUUAAUUGCAAUUAAGCCAUUAGUGGUAUACAGUGGGAACCUGACCCUGAAAAUGAACAUAGUGCCAUAUGUCUAAACAUGCUCCCAACAGCCAAUAUGGGAUGCUGUGCACAUGGACUCUUGUCUCCUUCCUCUGUAGAUGAAGACUGUCUGCAGAUCCACUUACACAGGCAAUGGCACGGGGACACUGCUGACACUCAUAAUUGUGACUCAUGCCCAGCACCUACUUAUCAACCAGGAGAAAAGUGGAGCAGACACCAAGACAUUCUCACUGUCACCUAUCUCUCCGGGAGAGGAAACAUACCUAUGGGAAAACUUGCAGCCUUUCUGCCUUCAUCACCCAGCCUUUCACAAGUGUUCCUAUUCCUUCUGAUGCUUCUGUGCUGGCAGAGAUGUGCAGCUGGAAAUCUAAACUUCUUUCCAGAAGACAGCAUCAAUGCCAACAUGUCUGUAGGAAACCUGGGUCCUGAUGAGUUGAGUGUGGUUAGAAAUGAAGCUCCAUCACUUUCCUAUGUCCAUGGGGGAAAUGCAUUGACUGAAGGAGACCCAGUGUUUGCACCAAGAUACAACAUAACUCUGCACAAAAAGGGCAAGCUAUGGUCAUGUGACAGUCUUCUUAAGCUCACUAGACAUAUUCUAUUGACUAUGUUGGGGCCUAGUUUGGCUUUUGAAGUCUUCCCAUAUCAUCACUGUAACCAGGACUUAAAGCCAAGGGACACACUUAUUAGUCCACUGAGGCUGUUACACGCGCACGUGAAACCACUUCUACUUCACAGAGUUUUAAUAUUCCUGGGGGAGCUCGGAUUUUUGGUUGAAUCCCAACAAGCUAAAGCCCUGUCGGUACUGAAGAAGCAGAUCUUCAAAACAGGAAAACCAAUGAAGGAGGCUGGAGUGAAACCAAAGGACAAUUGCCCAGAUAAGAAGCCACAUCUGAUCCCUUGGAACCCAGGACAUGAUGGAAGCAGAUCAGCUGUUAUCGGUUAUGGUGUUGCCCUACGAUUGGAGUCAUCAGCCACUUUCCACUCACUGCUUAUUCAGAAUGGAGGAUCUUUAGUGUUUGCAGAUGACCUAGUGCCAAUUACUUUGAGAGCACAGUAUAUUUUAAUCAGAAAUGGCGGAUCUUUUCACAUUGGCUCAGAAAAGUGUCCUUAUAGGUCCAAUGCUACCAUCACGCUUUAUGGGAAGUCUACAGAAGGUGACAAUGUAGAAGACUUUGGAAAGAAGUUCUUAGGAGUAGAUACAGGAGGGAUUUUGGAAUUACAUGGAAGGAAACCAUUAUCAUGGACUUUGUUAGAUGCAACCUUACAUCCAGGAGGGCUCCCCCAUGGACCAUAUAAGUGGGAGAAGCAAUGGGGCAGCAGGGGCAUUAACAUACGAAUCAUUGACCCUGAAACUGGUCAAGUAAUAGCUGCUGAUCGCUUUGACACCCACAUGUUUCUGGAUGAAGGGAAAAGGCUGGAGGAGUUCCUUGCUCAACAGAGUCCAGGCAAGAUAGUGGCAGCAGCAGUGGGUGACUCAGCAGCCAAGAGCUUAACCCCAGACACAAGGAAAUUUCUAAGAGAUGCUUUGAGCAGCAAAUAUAUCUUUCACUUGGGCUACAGGCAGCCCUGGGCUUUAGUUGGGGUGCUUGGAGAAGACCUGUUGAUGGUAGCAGAGGACAGAAAGCAAUAUGAGAGCAAUGGGACCACUGGUCUUGCAACUGCCACAAGGGAAUUCCAGACAUAUUCGGGGCUGCACUUCACUGUAACUGCUUACAGUGGCUGGAUUAAAGGAGUUCCGCGAAAUGGAUUCAGAGUGGCAGUGUCGAGGGGCAUCAUCCUCACAUUACUGGAUGAUGUUACAAGUUGGUUGCCUGGUAACAGAAUAGUCGUUGCUAGUACCGAUUACUCAAUGCAUCAGACUGAAGAAUUCACCCUGCUUCCCUGCCCUGAAUGCAGAAGUAAUCAAGUCAAAAUUAGCGGUAGCCCACUUUAUUUGCAUAUUGGUGAAGUUAUUGAUGGAAUUGACAUGAGAGCAGAGGUUGGGGUUCUCACAAGAAAUGUUCUUAUCCAUGGUGAAAUGGAAGAUUUAUGUUAUGGACAAAACCAGUGUCAGUUUUUCAACUAUGAUACCUUUGGAGGACAAGUCAAGAUUCAAGGAAGAUUUGCAUCAGUUCAUCUGUCAGGAGUAGAACUAAAAAACAUGGGGCAGCAAAUCUUGGGCAGUUACCCAGUUCAUUUCCACAUGACAGGAACUGUAGAUGAGGAAGGGGGCUAUAACCCUCCAACGUAUGUGGACAAUCUUUCCAUCCACCACUGUUUCUCGAGAUGUGUGGUGAUUCAUGGGACCCAUGGACUUCUGGUGAAAGACACGAUUGGCUAUGACACACUGGGGCACUGUUUUUUUCUUGAGGAUGGUGUUGAACAAAGAAAUACAUUUUAUCACAAUCUAGGAUUGCUGACAAAGGCUGGGACCAUCUUGCCCACAGACCGAAGUGAAGCCAUGUGUCUUGCUAUCCGAGAUUCUGUCUAUGGAGAUUAUGUUCCUGUGCCUAGCAUUGACUGCAUGGCUGUCAGCACAUUUUGGAUUGCAAACCCUAAUAACAAUUUAAUAGGAAAUGCUGCAGGAGGGGCACAGGAUGUUGGCAUAUGGUUCAUAUUCCACCGAGUUCCCUCUGGCCUUUGUGAAGGACAGUAUGCUGAAGGACAUUCAGAAUUUACCCCAUUGGGGGUGUUUUACAACAACAGGGUACACUCCAACUUCAAGGCCGGAUUAUUCAUUGGCAAAGGAGUCAAAACCACAGUAGCAAAUGCUGAGAAUCCAAGGGAAUAUCUGACAGUAGAUAAUGCCCGGUUUCGUCCCCAUCAAGAUUCAGAUCCCACCAAGCCUCGAAUACCAGCUGUUAUUGAUGGCCUAAUAGCUUUCAAAAACAAUGACCAUGGUGCAUGGGCUAGAGGAGGGGACAUUAUUUUCCGUAACUCAGGGUUUUCUGAUAAUGGCAUUGGACUAACUUUAGCCAGUGAUGGGACAUUUCCUACUGAUGAAGGCUCUAGCUUGGAGAUCACAGACUCCAUAUUUGUGGGUGAGAGCGAGAAUGUGGGAUCACAAGGUGGACAGAACAUCUACUGGGGACGUGGGGGUUUGGGGGAGCAGCGAUCAUUUCCAAGAAACAAGACAUUCCCAGUUCGUGGUUUCCAAAUAUACGAUGGGCCCGUCAGGCUCCUGAAGUGCACUUUCAAGAAAUUUCUCCCAACUCUUGACAGACCUGUGAGCGCUAUUGGGUUCUCCUUGAAAAAUUCUUGGCAGAUAACUCCACAGAACAAUGUGUCCCUGGUCAGGAUGGAAUGGAAUGUUGGGCUGAAGGUUUUCUUUGGUCAUUCAGGACAAUGGUUUGGCUCAAAUAACUUUGAUGGUGAUAAAGUGUCAAUCUUCCAUGAUUUGGAUGGCUCAGUGACUGGAUAUCCUGAUACCUUUAUAGGAAGGGCAGAUAAUUACCUGAUCCGUCACCCUGGAUGCCUCACUGUGCCACGGUGGAACGGAGUGAUUUGUUCAGGCAGGUAUGCCCAGCUUUACAUCCAGGCCAGACGCCCUGAGAAUCUGAACAUUUUGGUCUCUAGAGCAACUUAUCCCUCUGUUCCUUUAAAACUUUCUGGCGUUAACCGGGGUGCACCAUAUCAACAGUACCAACCAGUGGUCAUGCUGCAUCAAUCCUAUAUUAUCAGAUGGGAAGGUCAGUCUCCUGGAGAGGUCAUCCUAUACCCCAUCAACUUUAACAGGGGAGACUGGAUUCAGAUUGCCUUGUGUUAUCCCAGAAGUGCACAGUUCCAGGUCAUGUCAGAUGUUUAUGAUCGUCACAGUGGAAGGAUACACAGCGUAAGACACUAUUCCUGGGCUCAUACCAUCAGCCAGGUUCUUAAUCAGUCAGAGACAAGACUUUUUCAUUUCAGUCAGGAAUCUGGGUACUUGUUCAUACACCUACAGGCACACUCAGUCCGCAGUGGGCACAGCUAUUGUUCCCAGCAUGGCUGUGAGCGAAUUAAGAUAGUGUCUCAAUUUGAACUAGAGGAUUCCAGUGAAUGUAUUCAGAACCCAUUUCCUAAAACAGAUAGUUAUACCCAUACCCGCCGACUCUUUGCAUCUCACCGACUUGCCCUGCCAUGCAGUGAAUGUGGUGCUCCACAGGUAGCAAUAACAAGCAACCCAUCUAUGAAAUAUACAAGAAUACAGAUCCAAUCCCUCCGUAUGGCAGAUAAUGUAAAUGGACUGAAAGCUGCAUUUAUCAAGGUUGAUGAAGACAUUUUUUUGAUCAAGAGAAAGGGGCUUUUCUUCCUGGUGUUAGAUGCCUGCUCUGGAGCUGUUGUAAGCAAGAGGCAAUUUGAAAUGAUCAGUGAUUUGAAGAUAACAAAAGCAAUUGCCAGUUACAUUCAGACCUCAAUGAAACUAAGAUCAGUCGUUCUUAUUUGCUCCAGGGACAUUGUGGAGACUCCGCCUAGUUCUGAAAUGUCUGUUUUUACUAAAAUUGGCUCAGCCAAACCCAUUGUACUUCCAAAGAAAGGUAGUUUUGCUAUGGUAGGAUUUAAAGGGCUUUCCACUCCAUCCUGGAUUAAAAUCAUUAAUAACAGUGCAGAUAGAAAAGCUGCAUCGAUUCACCUUUAUCUUCCACUGAUGUUGACUGAAUAUAGAUGCCCGGCCCCAAAACUUUAGCAUCCAAAGCCAAACAGUGUUCAUAUCAGGCCCGUGUACCCAUUUCUGGGCAGCAAUGAGAAACUGGACUCCUGUUUGCCCUGCUUGCAGAGAAUGACUUGGCACUUGGGUACACAAAUUAGCCCAGAUUCAUGAUCUAUUGACAGAACUUUUUUUUAUAAUUUUUUUUUUAAUCAUUUUCUCAUCUCUUUGUACAUUGUAGAGUUAAUAAAUGAUUUGUCUGUUUAAUCUAU